ACUCUCAAACAGUUGACUCCACCAGGUCCCACCAGGGUUCCACCAGGUUCUCCACCAGGUCCCACAAAGGAUCUCACCAGGUCAUCAACACAGGGUCCACCAGGUCCCCCACACAGUCUCACCAGGUCCCACCAGGGUCCCACCAGGUCUCACCAGGAUCCCGCCAGGUCUCCACCAGGUCUCACCCAGGUCCCACCAGGUCCCCACCAGGUCCCACCAGGUCUCACCAGGUCCCACCAGGUACUCACCAGGUCCCCACCAGGUCUCACCAGGUCUCCCCAGGUCCCACCAGGUCUCACCAGGUCUCACCAGGUCACACCAGGUCCCACCAGGUCCCACCAGGUCUCACCAGGUCUCCCCAGGUCCACCGGGUCCUCACGCAGGUCAAACCAGGUCACACCAGGUCCUCCCCAGGUUUCACCAGGUCUUACCAGGUCCAGGUCCCACCAGGUCCACGGGUCUCAACCAGGUCACACCAGGUCUCACCAGGGUCCACACAGGGUCUCACCAGGUUUCACCAUGGUCUCCCAGGUCCCACCAGGUCUCACCAGGUCUCACCAGUCCCACCAGGUCUCACCAGUCUCACCAGGGUCACACAGGUCCUCACCAGGUUCCCCAGGUCCACAGGUUCACCAGGUUUCACCCAGAUCCCCACCAGGUCACACGCAGGUCUCACCAGGUUUCACCAGGUCCCCCACCAGGUCUCACCAGGUCCAGGUCCCACCAGGUCGCCACCAGGUCUGCCCCAGGUCCCACCAGGUCCUCCCCAGGUGCACCUGCGCUCCCUCUCUCAGGACUCUGUUGCCAUGGCAGCGUUACUGGGGCUCUCCAAUAGGCUGGAGGCUGGGUGGGCGGAGCUACGGACGUCUUUCGACCAAUCAAUGUGUUUGCUGUCGUACGCCAAGAGUGCACUGCUGUGA